GGGGAGUUGCUUUCGUUUUCAUCAAUCCCUAUUGAUUGAUUUAUCCUAAUCAAACGUAGAAAUAUGGUGAAGAAAUCCUCGGAACAUAUUGUCUUAAAGAGAACCACGACAAGUUCUAUGAGGUUGUGAGAUCAAAAUUAGCCGUCUCUCUUCGUGUACUUUAGCUUUGGAUCCCCCUUCCAUGGGAGAGAGCGGGCAUGGGAAUUAUCACGUGGUGCAAUCUCCGCUUGGAACCCCGAAACAGAACACAGCGUUUCAGAACAUAACUUCCAGAUUGGCCAGGACAUGGAUCACCACUACUAUCUUCAUCUUCUUCCUCCUCGGCGCCUCCCUCUGCUGGAUGGAUAUGGUCGUGGUGAGAGAGGGUCGAAUCCAAUUAGUACCUUUGGCCACAAGAAACAAUACGAACAGCCCUAGAACAGAAGUCAAGAUUCCGUUGAGCUGCUCAGCCAAUCAGACCAUUCCACAGGCAUGCCCUUCAAACUACCCGACAAAGUGGGAACUCUCCGAUCUCUCGGCCACGGAGACAGAGCCGUGUCCUGACUACUUCCGGUGGAUACACCGAGAUCUCGACGCCUGGCGGAAAGAGGGCAUCACGAGAGAGACGUUGGAGAGGGCAAGACCAAAGGCACACUUCAGGUUGGUGAUAAAAGGAGGGAAAGUGUACGUGGAACAGUACGAUAAGGCGUUUCAGACAAGGGACGUGUUCACGAUUUGGGGGAUAGUGCAGCUGCUAAGGUUGUACCCCGGUGGCGUUCCGGAUCUCGAGCUUCUGUUCAUGUGCCACGACAGACCCGCGAUCUGGAAACGUGAUUACCAAGGAGUGAACGCCACGUUGCCUCCCCCGCCGCUCUUUCACUACUGCGGUCACAGAGACGCGUUUGACAUCGUCUUCCCCGAUUGGAGCUUCUGGGGCUGGCCGGAGGUGAACAUAAAGGCGUGGAACAAGUUAUCAGAGGGCAUAGCAGAAGGGAACAAGAGAGUGAAAUGGAAGGACAGAGUUCCGUACGCCUACUGGAAAGGAAAUCCUGGUGUGUCUUCUUUAAGGGCAGAGCUCAUGCGUUGUAACUUCUCCGACAAGUAUGAUCCCAUGGUCCAUCUUUAUGCCCAGGACUGGGUGAAAGAAAUUGCACAAGGGUUCAAGGAUUCGAAUUUAGAAGACCAAUGCACGCAUAGGUACAAGAUUUACAUAGAAGGGGUGGCAUGGUCGGUGAGCGAGAAGUAUAUACUAGCGUGUGACAGCAUGACAUUGUUGGUAAAGCCCGAGUACCAUGAUUUCUUCAGCAGAAGCAUGGUGCCGAUGCAGCAUUAUUGGCCGAUCAGGCCUUACAGCAAGUGCAGAGACAUCAAGUUCGCCGUGGAAUGGGGCAACAGCAACACUGACAAAGCCGAAGCCAUAGGGAGAAAGGGAAGUGGGUUCAUACAGAAGAAUCUGGAGAUGAAGUACGUGUAUGAUUACAUGCUGCAUCUGUUACAAGACUACGCAAAACUGCUGAAGAUGGAAGUGAAAGUGCCGGAAGGAGCAAAAGAGGUGUGCUCAGAGACAAUGGCUUGUCCGACCGAUGAAGGGCCGGUGAGGAAAUGCAUGGACGAUUCGAUGGUUACGUCUCCGAGUGACAAGGUUGCUUGUUCGAUGCCGCCUCCUUACAAGGAAUCUGAACUCGAGAGGUUUCUUGCGAGAAAAGUAAGUGCAGAGAGAAAGGUUGAGAAGUGGGUGAACGAGUAUUGGGAGAGACAGAACAAGCUUCGGCAAAGGUAAUGUAACAUUAUUAGCGGUCCGAUGGGAACUUUCUGAUUAAGCAUUCAAGGAAUCGGAGUUAAUAUGUGUGUUUUUUUUCGGAGUCAAAAGUGUCAGAUUAAUGUAUGAUGACGACUUUAUACUUGUAAAGCACUUCCAAUAAUAAUAUUCACAAAAAUAAUUAAUUC